CCGCAGGUUGAAGACCCAUGUCCUGGAGGCUGGAGCAGCCGGUGUUUGCCUGCAGGAGUACCGCAGCGCAGGCGCCCAUCAGUGCAUCACGCUGCCGGCGGGAAGAGGCGCCUCACAUUCCGCAGCUACCAAACAACACUGAUACCUGCGUAUCGCUGCAGCCCGCACCCUGGACUCGGCACCCCUGCCGGGAACGUAAGUGGCGGUAGGCUCCAGCCAGACCCACGAACACGUCGCUUAUAAAGCGGGACAGACACCCGCUGCUUUACUCGCAGCACGUAACUGGUUAACAGAAUAUCCGCGGCUAAUGCCUAUCUCCAGAGAUGUGAAGGAAUGCUGUAAUCCUGGUUGAUGAUGGUUCUGGAAAUCAAUUAAAAGUGAUACAUCCGUGUUCUACUCGAGUCACUGGUCUCGGGAGAUAAAGAGCAAUGGUAAUCUUGCGGGAGGGACUUUGUCCUGGACUAACAUCUGAUAUAAUCUCUGUAUUGAAAACAAACCACGUAAAAACAGUGGUUGAUUUGGUGGCUUCUAAUUUAGAGGAGCUUGCUCGGAAAUGCUCUCUCUCCUACAAGACACUUGUGGCAGUGAGACGCGUGCUGCUUGCCCAGUACUCCGCCUUCCCCUUAAAUGGAGCAGAUUUGUAUGAAGAGUUAAAGGUUUCUACUGCAAUCCUUCCCACUGGCAAUAAGAAACUAGACUUUCUUUUGGAUUCUGGGUUAUACACUGGAGAAGUUACAGAGAUUGCAGGAGCAGCUGGCAGUGGUAAAACACAGGUAUGUCAGAGCAUUGCUGUAAAUGUGGCUACCAGCCUAAAGCAGAGAGUAUGUUAUGUAGACACCACUGGGGGGCUGACCGGCACUCGUCUCCUUCAGUUGAUACAGUCCAGGACAGAACAAGAGGAUGAGCAGGUUUCAUCUCUUCAAAGAAUUGAGGUUGUCCAUGUGUUUGAUGCAUAUAAAGUGUUAGAUGUGCUUCAGGAUCUGCGGAACAGUUUUUCCCAACAGCAAACAAGAUCUGGAGAGGCGCUGAGACUUGUGGUGAUUGACUCAGUAUGUGCUGUGAUCUACCCACUGUUGGGUGGAAAACAGACAGAAGGAAUGGCAAUUAUGAUGCAUCUGGCACGAGAACUACAGUCUUUUGCUCAUGAUUUCAGCGUAGCUAUACUUGUAACUAACCACAUCACUAAAAAUGGAGCAUCUGGGUUUCGUCCAGCACUGGGUCGUUCCUGGAGCUUUGUCCCUAGCACUCGUAUUCUGCUUCAAAGGCAGGAGAGAAGCAAGCAGAGUGACCAUCGCACAGUGUCACUUGUCAAGUCACCUCGACAGCCCACAAAUUUGCAUGUGGAGUUGGAAAUUGGAUGCUCUGGGACACUAGAGGAGAACAAUGCAAGUACAGCUUGUGGACCAUAAUGCUGACCAAAUAUAAGAUAUUGACUUCAGACCUUUAUAAACAGGAUCAAUGAUGUAUGAGGCAAUGUAAUUUAAAGCUUAUGUGAAUGGACAUUUGUUUUUCUCAAGGCAAAUUCAUUAUUUAGAUCAGUGGCUGUCCACCUCAACCCUCAUGUUUUCCAAACGCAUCGUCUUUUUUGAGGAUUUCUGUCUGUGGGAGCAGGUGGGAUAAUUACGGACGCAGCGAUAUAGAUGAUCUCACCUGUGCUUGAUUAAAGAAAUCCACAAAACAUAACCUGUUGGUGGCACUAUGAGAGUUGAGAACCCCUGAUUUUAGAUAAUUGUGAAAGCAUUCUGUUGACAUGGUAGGUGUCUUUGUUUGUUUUUUAUUCUAAAGGUGUACCGUAUAUACUCGAGUAUAAGCCGACUUUUUCAGCACUUUUUUUUGUGCUGAAAAAGCCACCUCGGCUUAUACUCGAGUCAGUGCAGGCAGAGGCAGAGCAGUGUGAAGGAGGGACAUGGAGCGCACAGCGCGC